CAUCCGUUUUUUGCACAAAAUUGAAAUAUUUUUCUCGCCAAUAAGGCGAUAACUUUUUAAGCAUGGCAUCCCUGGCGAAACUAACCUGUGUUUCGCAACCGAAGGCAAUCUUAGAUCUGUUCAAACUUGUUUACUCGGUUUCACACAGGAGAGAUACGUGUUGUUUCGUGCAAUAUACCUUACAAGAAAGCUUAUUUUGUGUUAGUUUAAAUUUCAGUAGUUGUGUUUUGAAGUAAAAAACAUUAGAAAAUGCCAGUUUCUUCAAACUUGAACGUUAAUUAAAAGUGGUGUAACUCCAACGUGGUGUGUAUCUGUAAUGUGCCAUUGUCAUAUGAUGUAUUGUUUUAGACUGAGUGAGGAUUUAUACCAUAAAAAGCUUCCUAAUCUUGUUGUGAAAUGCCUGUUGUAAACAAAAAAGCAAAAAGCAUGAGCAAAGAGCAGUUAGAGCUAAUUGUAUCAGCUCUUGAAAAGAAUUCUGAUGUGUCAAGAAAUGGAGCAGGGCGGGAUUUUGCGAGAGAUGAGAGAAAGAAAAAAUGGGCAGAAUUAGCAUCAUCACUCAAUGCUUUAGGAGGUGCCGUCAAAACCUCAAAAAAAUGGAUCAAAUGCUGGAGUGACAAGAAAAAUGAUAUGAAGAAGAAGGUGAACCGAAUCAUUGAGGACAGGGCGAAACCAGGUGGACCGACAUCCGGGGAAAGGUUGACUGCUCUUGAACGGAGGAUAAUAAAUUUAACAGGGUGGUCUGAACAAAUUAGAGAUGAGGACCUGUUUGAAGCUAAUGCUAAAAUGGAUUGUAUGAAGAUGACUGAAAUACCGACACAUGACAGCAACAAAAGUAGCUGUUUUAAUAGUCCAUCGAAAAAUGUUGAAGCCUCUGAAAAUUCUCAUUCAAAACUUCCGCCAUCAGCGAUAACCGUCAAUUCUGAUCAAUUGAAAUCAUCAUCGUUAGAAAGAGAAGAGGAACGUACUAUCUACUUUUUGGCUGAGUUAUGUGAUAAAACGAUUGGUGAUGAAUCGUCGGAAAAAACUGAAGACGAAGUGAGGCAAAUUUUGAUAGAAAAAGGUCCUGAUCAAGUGGUUGUGGAGGAACUAGGUAAUUUAACUGAAGUUUCUGCUGCCGUAGAGAGUAUAAAGCCAGCAGAAAGUUAUAAUAAUGCAGCAACAAUUAUAACUCUUACCCCAGCCAUGAUUCAAAAUAUAAAACCGUGUGAAACCCCAGCCACAAGUACAGAGGCAACCCCAGCCACAAUUACAGAUGCAACCCCAGCCUCAAUUACAGAUGCAACCUCAGCCUCAAUUACAGAUACAGCCCAAGCCUCAAUUCCAAAUACAACUCCAGCUACUGUUACAAGAAACCUAUUAUUCACAAAGAAAAGAAAAAGGGACGAACAGUCUGCAGAUUCUGUUGUGGAAAGAACACCAACAGAAAGUCUUCAACAGCCGCAAGAACAUACGGAUAGAAAGCCGUGUGAAACUGCGGCAUUAAAUAAAAUUGCUGCAGCUUGUGAGAUUAAUAACUGCAAAUUGCAAGAACAGACAGUGACAUUGCAGCAAAUUGCUGCAACCAUGCGAAAGCCAGAAGAAGCUUCAGCAUUAAAUAGGAUUGCUGCAGCUUUCGAGAUCAACAAUUGCAAGAUGCAAGAGCAGACACAGACUUUACAACAACUCACUGCCACCUUGACAAAUGAAGCCGUAAAGCAAACAUUGUGGUUAGAAAAAAUAUAUUCCACCUUGAACCGGUAGCUAUUUCUUGUAUAUAUUUUAUUAAAUUGUUAAAUAAAUUUUAUUAUCAAAA